AUGGACUCAGCCAGACAUCGCAGCGCAACACGUCACCCCCACAACGCUGACGUGCAAAGUAGCCAACAAGCCCAGCCCUGCACUUGCAGAGAGCAGCAAGAAUCCGAGCCGGCAUUAAUUCAGCCCAGGGCAGAGCGGGCGAAGUCAACAUCCCUCCUUGCGGCGCUCUUUCUGGUCACUUCUCUGUCGGUCGUGGUGCUCAACUGCCUGGGGACGUCAUCGCACCAGGGGGGCGUGCAGGCCUACUCGGAUGACCCUGUGGCGGCAACAACUGCAAAGGCGGCUGAGGCGUUCAGCAUCAUUGCAGUGCCUGUCGGGAAUGCCUUUGUGUGUCACUGACAGGAUCCCAAGUGGAUCAGCAUUCGCAGACACCGCCAGAGGUCUUCGUUUCCCUUCUAUGUCGAGUCCCUGAGCGCACAGCCCCACUACACAUCACCAGGGCAGCUUGAUGACCGUAAGCACCGCGCCCCCACUCUUUAUCAGCAAUAGACUCCUCCUGCAAUGAAUGUAACUCUCUGUGGCUGACAUCCAGCGGACAUCGCAUCAUCGUGGUCUGGCGUGUUGGUGCCGCAGAAGGAGAUUGCCGCAUCCCAGGACGACCAUGCGGAGGUGGUGGUGAGGCCCACGGGCACUAUCGCAUCACUAAUCGAGGCGUCCAAAGGUGCACAAGUCCCACCCAUCAUCACACAAUGGAACGUGUAAUGUUUGCUGCCAAUCCCUUUGGCCCGAUGUCAGUGGGGGAGGGUCAGAGCAGCAUUUGCGAUCACGUCGAGUGCCAGCAUGGGGGACUAUGUGUGGUUGACGGGCAGACCAAGUACCACUGCAAGUGCCAGGCUGCAUACGAAGGACCGCACUGCGAACUGAGUCAGUGACCAACGCACAGACAGAGACACGCCCGCCUUCUACUGGGCCUGCAUUGCAUUCCCUCGGUGCGUUCCUUUGUAGGGAAGACAGCAAAGGCAGCCGAAGAGAGUAAGUCGCUUGCUGGCAACAAGGUGGUUAAAGACGUACUCUUCUGCCUGCAGAGAUACUGGGGAUGGACCCGACGACGUUCUACAUUGUGGUGGGCGGGGGGUCGCUCCUUCUCCUUGCUGGAGGAUACUACAUGUGCUGCGCGUGAGUGACACACAGAGGGACGCAAAGUAGCAUGCCGCAGUUCGUUUCGGCUGCUGAUAUGUGUGUGUGUGUGCGUGUGCGUGUGCGUAGCCCUCCGGCCUCUGGCGGCCCUGACGAGGUGUUCGACUGA